UGUGUGCGGACUGUGAUGGUAGAAGCAGCAGCAGCAUUUCUCUAUCAGAUUCUCUUCAGCCGUUCAACAUGUCUGACUUUAAUCAUCUGCUGGUUUUUGGUCUGGAUUCCUGUUGAAGGUAACUAUCAGCUGAUUGCUCCAUCUGAACCAAUCAUAGUGGGUCCUGGAGAUGAUGUCAUCCUUCCAUGUCGGGUGGAUCCUGACUGGAACGCCAUGGAGAAGACGGUGGAGUGGUCCAGACCGGACCUGAAGGCCUCAGGCCCACAGAAGCGUGUGGAGUACGUGUACGUGCACCGGUUCAGGAAGAUGGACAGAGACAUGAUGAUGGAGACGUACAUCCAGAGGACGUCUCUGUCAGAAGGACUGAGACAUGGAGACGUGUCUCUGAGGAUCCACAACGUGAGCUUGGAGGAUAACGGGAGGUUCAGGUGUUUCAUCCCAAACCUGAGCAUAGAAGCAGAGGUUCUGCUGGUUGUUGACCCAGACUUUGUUCAAAUGACGACAACAGAGACAUUUACUCAGAGAAUCACUCCAGCCUUUCAGAAUGAGACCGUCGGUACCGGAGGGGUCAGGCUCCAUGUUCUUUUACCCAUUUUCUUCAUCUUCAUCGUUUGCCUCGCUUCUGUUUUCAUCUACAUCGUCAGAAGAAGGAAAUCAAACACAGGAAGUUAUUCGUCUUGUGGAUCUCAGCAGGAAGAACCAGACUUUCAGAGCAAUGCAAGAAAAGCAGAGAAACCUUCAGUUUAACUUUCCAAUCCUGACAAGAAGAUAAACUGAACUUAAAGUAUUAUUUUAUUUUUUUUAUUAUUAUUAUUAUGAACCCAAGCGGCCUCCUCAGGCCUAAUUGAGCAUCCUCAGUUCACCUCUAAUGUAGCACUGUAUCCUUGAACGUCUCAGAUCAUAUUUUGAAUGUUAUAUGAAGAAGUUUGAUGUUUUCUCUCUUUAUCUCUAAUACCAGCAGAUGUUUCCAGAUGUUUACCAACUUUAGUUUAGAUUCAACUAUUUCUUCUUUAUAUGAGUGGAUCUUUGCAGAAGCAGCUUUUUGAAUCACUGUGAUCAGCUUCAAGUCUCUUUGUUCUGGUUGGACAUGUUUACAUAUUUGGUAGAUUUUAGCUCAGAAGCUCUUAAGUAAAGCAUUAAAGCAAAGCAUUAUGGGUAGGCUUCCUUUAAAAUUGCACCAAUGUGCAUUUGCACUAUUCGUUUUUUGGAUUGUGGAAGUAAGUUAACAUAAUUAGAAGGACAUUUGAAAGAGAGACCACUUGGAAAAAAAUAAAUAAAAAAUACAUUAUUCGGCAGAAUUAAUCUAAAUAUUAGGAAAUGUUUAUAAAACCUGAUAUUAAAAGAUGUUAUUGAUUUUAUUUAUUUAUUUUUUUUCUGCCAUGUAACCAAAGCCUGAUGCUCAGCCUGUGUAACUGUUUAUCAGUCGGCAGCUGCUGUGUCAAGGAUCCACAAAUGUUGUUCUAUCUCCCUGUGAUUGAGGCUGUGGUCAGAAACGCCCUAAAAAACGUUAAAACAAAAUGUAAUGUCGGCACGCCUUCAAUGUUCCUUUAUAUUGCUGUUUUUCUGUUACCCUAGAACUGCUGCACUUUUAUUGUUUUAAAGUUUUUCUGCUGAAAGUUGACAGCAAAUAUUUCUAAGAUAAAACAGAAAAAUCGUAAACAUAAUUUUUUAUUA